GGUGUUCUAUGGAUGGCUAAGGAAAAGCUUAGUUGGCACUGAUCCCUCCUUUCCAUAUAGACGUAGCUUACAUUAGGCAGCAAAUAGUGUGUUAUGCAUCGUAAAUAGUGCGUGUUUACAGAGCAUAGUGGAUGCAUGUUUAGCCAUGCGAUGAGGCCAGUGCACUUUGCAAGACUUGUGCUGCAGAGAGCCUCCGCAGAUCCCACGACCUGUUGCUGACAAGCUGGGAGAAGGAGAGGUGAGCGCCGCUUGAGAAGGGUAGCCUACUGCCUUGGAGACGAGAGCCGGUGGUUUCUUCACCCGGGAAAUCAUGCAGUUUGCAAUCUGGCUGGUUGGACUAAUGUGUCAUCUGUCAGCACUUGUCCGGAACUCCUUGGAAUACCGAUUGCAUCCGAAACAAGAAAGUUUCAUCAAACAGUUGUCAUCCUAUGAAAUUAUCACCCCGCUGCGGAUAAAUGAUUUCGGAGAAUCAUUCACCCACAAGUUUCACUACAAAAGGAAACGGAGAAGUGUUAAUUCUGAUUAUUCGGAUGGUUUAAGUGCUCACUACAGAAUUGAGGCAUUCGGACAACGCUUUCAUCUCAAUCUAACCGCCGACUCCGGUUUUAUUGCCCCCACGUACACUGUGACACAUUUGGGAGCGGAACACAGCAACGCAACGGAGUCCCAACAACAAGAAGACAGCGAUAUGCGGCACUGCUUUUUCCGCGGACACGUCAACGCCAAGAUUGAAUCCACUGCAGUCUUCAGUCUGUGCACUGGUCUUAUCGGGACUUUUACCACCCAGCAUGGUGAAUACUUCUUAGAGCCCCUGAUGAAGGCGGAGGAGGGGGAGGAGUACGACGAGGAGCACAACAAACCUCACCUCGUCUACAGACAAGACAGGAAGAGGAGAGAGGGCACUGCCAGUGAACCCACGCAACCCUGUUCAGCCUCAGGGGAAGGAUCGGAAAGACCAGUUGUCAAUCUUCAGAGCGAUAGGAGUAUGGGAGAAGAGUUGGAUUCCCUGAGAGAUAGAAUGGACAUCCACCACGAGAUAGACCACACAACAGAACACCACGUAGGCAACCACACCACCAACUCUUCUGACCCCCGUCACAGAGCCCCGUCCAGGCAGAAGAGGUUCCUCUCGUACCCCCGCUACGUGGAACUGAUGCUGACUGCUGACGUCAAGAUGGCGCGCCACCACGGACGCAACCUCGAGCACUACAUCCUAACAAUCAUGUCAGUAGUUGCUGCAGUCUACAGCGACCCAAGUGUAGGAAACCUCAUCAACGUCAUGAUUGUCAAGCUGAUCGUCAUCCACAAUGAACAGGAUGGGCCCUCAAUCAAUUUCAAUGCUGCUACUACCCUCCACAACUUCUGUGUCUGGCAACAGACCCAAAAUGUCCAGGACGACAGUCACCCUUCCCACCACGACACUGCACUCCUCAUAACAAGGGAAGACAUCUGCCGAGCGAAAGACAAGUGUGACACAUUGGGGCUGGCGGAGCUGGGGACCAUGUGUGACCCGUACCGGAGCUGCUCCAUCAGCGAAGAGAACGGACUCAGCGCUUCAUUCACCGUCGCUCACGAGCUGGGCCAUGUGUUCAACAUGCCCCACGAUGACAACCCCAAAUGCAGGGAGGCAGGCAUGAAGCACCAGUAUCACGUCAUGGCGCCCACCCUCAACUACGACACCAGCCCCUGGUCCUGGUCCAAAUGCAGUCGCAAGUACAUCACAGAGUUUCUGGACACAGGGUAUGGAGAGUGCCUAUUGGACGAGCCAGUGAGCAGAACGUACGAGCUGCCCAACCACCUCCCUGGUCAGAUUUACAACGCCAACCGGCAGUGUGAGCUCAUGUUUGGCCCCGGCUCCAUGGUCUGCCCUUACAUGCACUGCAGACAUGGGAAGUGUGUGAACAAGGAGCUGGACCUGCGGCCGGUCCAUGGGGAGUGGGGCCCCUGGGGACCCUACAGUGUCUGCUCGAGGACCUGUGGAGGAGGCACCAGGAGCACCUCCAGAGACUGCAACAACCCUGAGCCCAGGAACAGAGGAAAGUUCUGUGUGGGUCGAAGGAUGAAGUUCCGGUCGUGCAACACUGAGCCGUGUCCCAGAGGACAAAGAGACUUCCGCGAGGAGCAGUGCUCUCAGUUUGACGGCAAGCACUUCAACAUCAACGGUCUACCUCCCACCGUCCGCUGGAUGCCCAAGUACAGCGGUAUUCUAAUGAAGGAUCGGUGCAAGCUCUUCUGUCGGGUUACCGGGACAAUGGCCUACUAUCAGCUGAAGGACCGUGUCAUCGACGGCACACCAUGUGGCCCAGACACCUACGACAUCUGCGUUCAAGGCCUCUGUCGGCAAGCAGGCUGUGACCAUGUGUUGAACUCCAAGGCGAAGAACGACAAGUGUGGAGUGUGUGGAGGGGACAACUCCUCCUGCAAAACCCUCGCUGGGACCUUCAAUGAUGCCGAGUAUGGUUACAACACAGUGGUGCGGAUCCCUGCAGGAGCCACCAACAUUGAUAUCAAACAGGUCAGCUACUCUGGGAAGCCGGAGGAUGACAACUACCUCGCUUUAUCUGACAGCCAUUCUAACUUUCUCCUGAAUGGAAACUUUGUGGUGGCCAUGUUCAAAAGGGAAAUCCCCUUCAAGGGAACCGUCAUUGAGUACAGCGGCUCGGACACCAAAGAGGAGCGCAUCAACUGCACUGAACGUGUUGAGGAGGAACUCAUCCUACAGGUCCUGUGUGUGGGGAAUCUGUACAACCCAGACGUGCGCUACUCGUUCAACAUCCCCAUCGAGGAGCACAGAGAACAGUUUGUGUGGGACCCCUCGGGCUCCUGGCUGGAGUGCAGCCGCAUGUGUCAGGGUGAGCGAUGGCGCAAGGCAGCGUGUGUGAGGAAGAGUGACCACCUGGGGGUUUCUGACCAGCGCUGUGAGCCUCUACCCCGUCCCAACGCUGCCACUGAGCCAUGUAACACUGACUGUGAACUCAGGUGGCACAUAGCAGGGAAGAGUGAGUGCUCUGCUAAGUGCGGCCCUGGCUACCGGACCAUGGACGUGCAGUGUAUGAGGUACAGCUCGCUGAAGAGGCAGAGUGAGAGGUUGGAGGGGAGGGCCUGUUCUGACCUACCCAAACCACAGGCCAGAGAGGCCUGCCAUGGGGACUGUCUGCUCAAGAGCUGGCAGUAUAGCACCUGGUCCCAGUGUUCUAAGACGUGUGGUCGCGGGGUUCGUACCAGGGACUCCUACUGUAUGAACAACCUGGGGAGGAGACUGGUGGACAGGGACUGUAGUGACUCCCUGAGACUGGUCACCGAGAGCUGCAACGACCAGGCCUGCCCUGGCUGGUCAGCCAGCGAGUGGAGCGAGUGCUUGGUGACGUGUGGGAAGGGGAUGAGGCACAGGCAGGUGUCCUGUAGCAUGGGGGUAGGAGAGGAGAAGCUGAGCGAACACUUCUGUGACCCGAACACUAAGCCUCCGGCUGUGGGGAGCUGUGAGCUGCCAGAGUGUGCCUCCUGGCAGGUCGGAGUCUGGGGACCGUGUGCGGUGACGUGUGGCCAUAGUUACCAGAUGCGGGCUGUGAGGUGUGUGUCAGGGGCGUAUGGUGACACGGUGGAUGACAGGGAGUGUAACGCUGCAUCCAGACCCAGGGACAGCCAGGACUGUGAGGUGGCACCGUGUCCCUGGGCCUCUCCUCAACACAGCACCGUCCGCCCUGACAGCUCUGGUCAGCUCUUCACACAGUGGAGAUACGGCUCCUGGACCACGUGCUCUGUCUCCUGUGGGAAAGGGAAGCGUGCCCGUUACGUCAGCUGUCGGGACGCCCAGGGUGGAGUGGCAGACGAGUCCUACUGUGCCCAGCUGCUCCGGCCCCCAGAAUCCUCAGCCUGCUUCAGCCCGUGUGGCCAGUGGCGCUCUUGGGAGUGGUCUCCUUGUUCAGUGACGUGUGGUGUGGGCCGGGCUACCAGGCAGGUGGUGUGCAGUAACUACCACCACCAGGUUGACGAGUCCUUCUGCGAUCAGGACGAGAGGCCCAGCACAGAGCAGGAGUGUACAGGCGGCCCCUGCCCCUCCGUGUACCGCCAGAGGCCCAACGACCAGCCCUACAGCCCCCACGACCCCGCCACCCACCCGGGACACAGCAGCUGGAACGUCCCCUCGGCAGACAACCAGUGGAGGACGGGACCCUGGGGAGGAUGCUCCAGUACGUGUGCAGGGGGCUUCCAGAGGAGGGUGGUGGUGUGUCAGGAUGCGGAGGGUCGCAGCACCAGCCACUGUGACCAGAGGGUCAAACCUGCAGAGUCCAAGAACUGCGACUCAGGACCUUGCCCUCUGUGGAACUACGGCGUCUGGGGAGAGUGUACCCAGACGUGUGGUGGAGGCAGGAGGACGCGCCAGGUGGUAUGCCAACGGCCCAACGGUCAAAGACUCAACGACCACAACUGUGACAUCCUGGACAAGCCUCCCGACGUGGAGCAGUGUAACCUGGACCUGUGCCCGGGCAGCGCAUCCUGGCACCGCCGACCAUGGAAGCCGUGUUCUGUGAGCUGUGGCCGUGGGACCAAGCAGCGGGAGAUAGCCUGUGUUUACUCAAACCAAACCCAAAUAGAGGAAGAUCACUGCAGUCAUCUGUCACGUCCCCGGACACAAAAGGCCUGCCGAGCCCGGGGAUGCCCCAGCUGGAAAGCCAACAGGUGGAGCGAGUGCUCUGUCCCCUGUGGAGUAGGGGUCCAGAACAGAGAAGUGUACUGCAGACUGAAGGGUACAGGACGGGUAAGAGAAGAGCUGUGUGGUGCCCACAACCAUCCUGCCACUGCCCAGCCCUGCCAGGCUACUGAGUGUCUCCAUUACACCUGGGCAGCCGGAGAGUGGCAAGAUUGUAACGUCACCUGUGGAGAGGGUAUGAGGAACAGGAAGGUUCUGUGCGUGAGGGCUGGGCUGACCCCUGUCCAGGACGCCCUCUGUGACCCCUCGUCUUGCCCUGCCCUGCGCCAGCCCUGCAGCGGAGCAGCCUGCCACUACACGUGGAUGACAGGGGAGUGGUCACAGUGCUCUACCAGCUGUGGAGUGGGCUACCAGCAGCGGAUAGUGUCCUGCUCCGUGAUGCCAUCCUCCCAGACCCUGCACCCAUAUGAUGCCCAGUCCUCUGCACAGUCCCGCCCCCACUGUCCAGAGCCCCACCCGCCUGGCACCAGACAGUGCCUCCUUAGGGACUGCACACAAGCUGCCUACUGGAAAGUUGGCCCAUGGAGCAAGUGCUCCCAGACGUGUGGAGCGGGAGUGAUGGAGCGCAGGUUGGAGUGUCUGGCCUCUAAAGGCCAACCGUCCAAACACUGCCGUCCAGCCGAGAGGCCCGAGCCACGGGCCGCCUGCCGAGAGAGAGAGUGUCAGCUGUUCAUGUCCUGCAGAGAGGUCCAGAUGAGACAGGGAGUGAGGAUGGAUGGGGAGUUCUACCUGAAGGUCAAGUCCAGGAUACUGCAGAUCUUCUGUGCUGAGAUGCAGACGGAUUUCCCUAAAGAAUACAUUACUCUGCGGAGUGGUCAGACAGACAACUACUCAGAGGUCUAUGGAUACAGGUUGCUGAACCCUUUUGAGUGCCCGUAUAAUGGCAGCAGAAGGCAGGACUGUGACUGCAGGAACGAUUACUCUGCAGCGGGAUACACUCUCUUCCACAAGGUCCGUCUGGACAUCAGCUCCCUGAGGAUAAUGAUCACAGACCUGCAGUUCUCUCAGACCCUGCUUGGCCGUCCCGUCCCGUUCGCCACGGCGGGAGACUGUUACAGCGCUGCCAAGUGUCCUCAGGGCCAGUUUAGCAUCAACCUCAUAGGGACUGGUCUGAAGGUGGCUGAGGCAACCAAGUGGACCUCACAGGGCAACUAUGUCUCUGUCAAAGUCCACAGAUCAGAGGACGGGGCAAGAAUCUACGGUCGCUGUGGUGGCUUCUGUGGGAAGUGCAUUCCCCAGCCUCACAACGGCCUGCUGGUUCAGGUCCAGUAAGGGUCGGAGCAACGUCAGACCAGACAGUGAAACAUACACCAGACCAGAGCUUCCGGGGAUCCAAUGCACUUCAUUUGUGAUUGUGCCCACUAACUCCUCCCUUCAUCACCCCUUCCUCCCCACCCGGCAGCUAGAACAUAGGGACAGCUCAAAGAAUCUACACUGAGUAUACCAAAUAUUAGGAACACCUUAGUAAUAUUGAGUUGCACCCCCCCCCCCCC